AUGGCGCAAGAAGCCAGUCUUGCUGACAUCUUAGCACAGCUCAGCAGAAUAAUGGAAAACCAACAGUUGGCGCAGAAAACUCUCCUUGAGCAGCUAGUACGGCCGAAGGACAAUGAAUUUCUGAUGGAAGCACUUUCAAACACCAUUACAGAAUUUUCCUACGAUCCCCAAAACGGAGUGGUUUUCGAUAAAUGGUACGCGCGGCAUGAGGAAGUUUUCACCAAGGGAGGAGAAAAACUGAAUGAUGCUGAAAAAGUGAGACUGUUACUGCAAAAGAUGAGUUCCGUAAACCACGAUAGAUACGUAAAUCUCAUUUUGCCAAAAACGUCGCGAGAAGUUCCUUUUGCAGAAACAGUUGCCACACUGAAGGAAAUGUUCGGGCAUCAAACAUCGGUUUUUUUUCGACGCUAUCAGUGUUUGCAGACAGCCAAACGAGUUGCAGAAGAUUUUGUCUCGUAUGCAAGUUCCGUCAAUCGAGCUUGUGAAGAUUUUAACAUCCGGGAAAUCACAGCGGACCAGUUUAAAUGUCUUGUGUUUGUGGCUGGACUUCAUUCUGAAAAGCAUAAGGACAUCCGGACACGAUUGCUUGCAAAAAUGGAAAACGAAUCGGAGACGGAUCCAAUGACACUCAAAAAGCUGUUACUGGAAUGCCAACACUUAGAUAAUCUCAAACACGACACAGCUGUUAUUGAGAAUCCAAAGAUGAACGUGAACGCAGUUUUCCGAGGUGAACAAUCCAAUUACACAAGAAAAUCGGGAAAAAUAGAUACACCAAAAGUAGCCCCACGACGUCCGUGCUGA